CCCUUCAUCAUCAUGAAUAGACCACAAGCAUGCCAUCCCAGUCCAGUCCAGUCAGUUCCCCUGACCCACACACACAUACACGGGCCAGGUUCUGCAGGUCUUGCUCCCCAUCAUGUCCUCCAAGGAUUCAAAGCAGAUGGACUCCUACGACCUGGCCGUGCCCGAGGUGCAGGUGGUGCAGCCGCCAGAGAGGGUCGGUGCGGGGGGUAAGUGGGCCCGCGCGUUCCUUCACUUUGGCCAGCCAUGUCUGGCCGAGCUCCUGGGCUCCACCUUGUUCAUCUUCGCCGGCUGCCUGUCGGUGAUGGAGAACACAGAGGGAACGGGGCGGCUGCAGCCGGCCCUGGCCCACGGCCUGGCGCUGGCCAUCGUCAUCGCCGUGCUGGGAGAGAUUAGCGGGGGUCACUUCAACCCUGCGGUGUCUGUAUCGGUCUUCAUGAUCGGGGGUCUCAACAUCUACCUACUGCUGCCCUACAUACUGGCCCAGCUCUGUGGGGGCAUGAUAGGAGCUGGCCUGGCUAUGACGAUCUCUUCGGUGGAGAACUUUGACAACUCUUCUGGAGCAGCAUUCAACGUGGUGCAGGGGGAAGGCCAGAUUGGCCGGGCCACGGUUGCGGAGGUGGUCAUGACCCUGUUUCUCACCAUGGUGGUGUGUAUGGGGGCCGUUAACAAGCGCACCCACAGCUUGCUGGCACCUCUCUGCAUAGGGCUCACUGUUACUGUGGACAUUCUGGCAGGAGGUGCAGUUUCAGGCGCUUGUAUGAACCCAGCACGGGCAUUCGGCCCAGCUGUGAUGGCAAACUACUGGAGCUACCAUUGGAUCUACUGGAUCGGACCCAUGGGUGGUGCCUUGCUCACCGGCAGCAUUAUAAGGCUGUUGCUAGGUGACGAGAAGAUCCGAGUGCUGCUGAAAUAAUCAACCUUAAUUUUACAGUUUUUACUCUAUUGCAUUAUAAUAUGUUACAUUUUAUAAUGACAGAUUUUUUUUCAAGUACAUUUACCACAAUCUCUUAUCCCAAACCUAGGCCUUUAUCUGUACCAUGUAUUGCUUCUUCAUUGUUUUAGGAUAGGCCUAUAUGUAUUUGUGUUAUAUAAACUUUUUUAAACAAAUCAA